UUCAAAAAAGAAUAUUGAUAUUAAUACCCAUCGCGAUCGAAAAUCAAAACAUCAAGGAUGAGGAUUUGGGUAAAAUUAUUGAAGAAAUUUUGAAGAAAGGAGAGCUCCAAGUUAGCGAGAAAGAAAGAUCACAUCAAAUUGAUAAUUUUUAUCGUGAAAUUGCUACGAUCGUUGCAGAAAAAUGUGUUAACCCGCACACGAAACGACCAUAUACCGUAACUAUGAUUGAAAAGGCAUUGGGAGAAAUACAUCUCUCGGUAAACGUGAAUAAGAAUACAAAAUCACAGGCGUUGGAUGCGAUCAAACAGCUCCAGGAAAAAAAAGUCAUUCCUAUUUCCCGCGCUCAAAUGCGUUUGAGAAUCACGAUGCCAAAUUCUAAGGAAACUAAGAAAGCCAAAGAGAAGUUGACGCCUUUGAUUGCAAGUAUUGAAGAUGAAAGCUGGGAUAAUGAAUAUGAACUGAUAUGCUUAAUCGAUCCUGGACAGUAUAGAACCAUUGGUGAUAUAUUGGAAAAGGAUAUAAAAGGCAAAGGUCAAAUAGAAUUAUUAUCUCUCAAUGAUACAA